CAAAAGGCCAACCUUUCUAUCUGAAGGUCGAGGGCUGCUCGUGUUUAGUAAUACAUUGGUUUGAAUUUUUUAGUCUAUUCUGUUUUAUCCGCCACAAAGUUUAUGAAAGACCAUUAUUUUUGACUGGAUAUAUUUAUGUUGUCGUCACUUCAUUGUAUAUUUAUUCACUGUGAAACCUGGGAAAUCCGUACGUUUACCUUCACGUAAAUUUUCUCAUUCUGAAGAUCAGUCACUCCAAUAAGUGCUAUUACAGAGUUACUAUUCUGUAUUUACGGUCCGAAUAACCCCUGAAUGUGUAUCCAGAUGAACGUCUAUUUAGAACGUUUUUCAGAUGCAUUAUGAUUAUCUCAACUCACCACAAAGAAAAGGAAGAUUUAACAUCGCCAUGGUAUCAGAUUUUUGUUAUCCAAAUGUUGGUGGGGUAGAAAGUCAUAUUUUUGCUUUAUCUCAAUGCCUUAUUCGACGUGGUCAUCGGGUUGUUUUAAUCACCCACAGUUAUGGAUCUAAAGGUCAACAGCGUCAGGGUGUAAGAUAUUUGCCACGUGGACUUAAAGUCUAUUAUAUUCCAAUACAAACGUUUUAUAAGCAAUCAAUUUUUAUCACAGUUCUGGGCACAUUACCAAUAAUUCGUGAAAUAAUAAUACGUGAACAAAUCGAUAUUGUACAUGGACAUUCAAUAUUUUCGCCUUUUUCCUGUGAAGCCAUAAUUCAUGCACAGACCCUUGGCUGUCGAACUGUUUGCACAGAACAUUCACUUUUUGGUUUUUCAGAUUUGUCAGCAAUAAUUAUGAAUAAAGUAAUGGAAAGUGUGUUUACAGCUGUAGACCAAGUGAUCUGUGUUUCACACACUACCAAAGAAAAUGUAGUUCUUCGAGCUAAAUAUGAUCCUGAACGGGUUUUUGUCAUUCCAAAUGCAGUGGAUGCUUCUUCGUUUGUUCCUGAUCCGUCUUGCCGUGAUCCUAACUACAUUACUAUUAUUGUGGUUUCUCGUCUAGUUUACCGAAAAGGUCUUGAUCUAUUGGUUGCCAUCAUCCCACCGUUAUGUUCUCUAUUUCCAGAAUUAAGAUUUCUUAUAGGCGGUGACGGACCUAAAAGACUUGAGCUAGAAGAGAUACGCGAACAUUAUCAAUUACAUUCACGUGUAAAUCUAUUAGGAAGUUUACAGCCUCAUGAAGUUCGGCCUCUUUUAAUACAAGGCGAUAUCUUUUUAAAUACUUCUCUAACUGAAGCUUUUUGUAUAGCCAUUCUUGAAGCAGUCUCAUGUGGUCUAAUGGUUGUCAGUACAGCAGUUGGAGGACUUCCAGAAGUAUUGCCUGAGCAUUUUAUUAGACUAGCACCAGCAAACGCUUCAGAAUUAGCUACUGUUGUUGCCGACUCUAUUAUUCAAGUACGGCGGCAACGCGAAAACUCAGGACUUCCAACUCAUGAACAAGAAUCUACCAAUAAUUUGACUUUCAAUAAACUGGAAAUAUGUACGUCACCUCCAAAUCCUCUUUGUCGAUUUUCAUUGAUUGCCGAUUCAUCUACAUACUUUGAUGGUACUGAAUAUAAUUGUAAUUCAAUCGCCGACCAUUGUUGGCAUAUGCAUAAAUGGAUUCAUAGUAUGUAUUGUUGGCCGCUAGUUGCUAAACGUACGGAAAAAGUUUAUUCUGCUGCUAUGUCUAAACCACCUGUUUUACUACACAACAGAUUCUCGAGAUUGUACCGACUUGGUCCAUUUACGGGGAAAUUAACGUGUUUUGCAGCUGCUUUACACUGGCUUCUUCUUCAGUUUUUAACAUGGCUUAGACCUGAACAGAUGAUCGAUGUUAUGCCAUCACUUAAAACGCCUAUUGAAGAUUUAAGUGAUAGUGAAUGUGAGGAGUAUUCUGUUGAUUCGCACAAAUAAUGUUUCGACGGUGAAUAAAUUUUUCAACUUAUCCCUCUUUAUGUUCAAUUGUAUUCAGAUAAUAACUUUAUAAUUCUUCUAUGCAUAAUUUUAUUUUCAAUAGCAUUGUUUUAUUUUUAUUUCAUUUGUUUAAACGUCAACAUUAUUCUUUUAGACAUAUAAACUCAAACUGUUUUGUUUGA